AUGUUCAACGUUUCCUGCAAAGACCCUCUAGAUGCCGAGAAGGUAGGAGAGCGACGUGCUCGGAAGAACAAGGAAGCGAAAGAGGUCGUUGAUAGUGUCAAUGAUACUCUCAGCAAUAUCUCGAUAUCGGGGCACACCCCAGAUACUCAUUCAUUUGCCUUUAGUCCCCCACUAUCUGGCAGGUCGUCGAGAACAUCUGUGAUCAGUCCCAGCUCUCAGAGAUCAGCGGACAGUCCAGAAAACAAGAACGGCAGUGUACGUGACUAUUUCAGCUUCAAGAGUGGCCCAUCAUCGUCUAGCAACAGACCAAAGACAAGGGAGAGAAGGCUGCAGGAAUCGGCCAUCGAGUCUGCUGUCAACCCAUUCGCGAGCCACUCGGGCCAUUCAAAGGCUUCGGAUGUUGCCUCUAGAUCAACUGGAGAAUGGAAUUAUAUCGUCUCAGCGAGUAGCAGCAGACCACCGGCGCCCUCUCAUACCUCAGUCGCAUCUUCCCGCCCGACUUCUCUGCCAGUCUUAGAUGUCGAAAGACCAGUGUCGGUUCACACGGGUAUAACAAAUACUUCGAGCGGUCCAAACCCAUGGAAGCGCUUCCAACGCUCUCUCAAGAAGAUUGAGAAGGCAACUGAUGAGACUGCUUGCAUCAGGCUCGCCGAGCGUUGGCCAGCAGACGACGACGAUGAGGAAAUGAUGCACGAGUUCGACUAUGAGACGACGAUCUGGGCGCUGGUGCGGGCCCAGAAGCUUUCCAAUCGACAACUGCCCACCGAAGGUAUCUUUCCAGUUCCUGCCGGGUUAAACAGUGCAGAUAAGGAGACUUUUCAUGGAGCCAAUAUUCUGCAUCUGGGUACGGUCAGAGGCUGCCCUGAAAGCUGGUAUCUCGGCACCAAGUACACCGACACUGUUGUUCACAGUGUAGGCUUUCGAGAUCUCCCCUUUGACCUAGCGUCAUCGAGCUGGGGACUACCUCCGAACGUCUUGCUAGAACAAUGGUCUGAGUUUCCUCGCCUGGAUUACGUCGAUGCCAUCUUCGACAACGUCGUCAUCGCACAUCAUCUGUUCGAAUCAAUCAAAUGCACAUUAUGGCCUGUCCUCAUCGAGGAAAUCUCCCGGGUACUCGCACCAGGGGGACUGCUCAUCGUCUCCAUCAUGGACGCUCUACCUCAACGUGCAGGUCCACUGUUGGACUACUGGACACAUCAAAACCUGAACAUGAAUGUCCUGCGAAAAUUCAUGGUUCACCAACCAAGUUUGUUGCUGCCUUCAUGGGUGGACGAAGACGGACGCUUCUGCCAGGAACUGAUCGAGCGCAUUGAAUUCCCAUGCAUGCCUGCACUGGGCAACGCAAAUAAAAAGGCUGAAUCAGCAGUCAGCACCAGGGGCCACACUCACAAGAGACGACCAUCAUACACUUCAGCCUUGCCAACCGACCGUCCCGGCCUCGGUCGAAUCACCGAAGUCUCCGAGAUUCGCACAGCGGGUGCCACGACGAGUGCAGAGCCACACCACCUGGCGGCAUCUCGAGCCGGCUGGAACUUCUAUGAACGCUUGUACUCUUCGUUCUUGUCGGAGCCGACGCGCAAACAGAGUGUUACCUCAUUCGCCGAGUCGCAGCUCGAAGGACUCAAGCGAGACUGGUGGACUAAGAUUGAUGAUGUGCGGAAGGAAUGUUAUACCCAGCAGCCGUAUUUUGAGAUGGCGACCUUUGUAUAUCGGCGUGUGCCGACAGCUGAGUUGGAGUUGGAUGACCAGAGAGCUUAG